AAGUGGGAUGUGCUGAAAAAAGAGUAUGUUGUUUGGAAGACAUUAACCCAAAAGGCAUCAGGCAUUGGGUUUGAUCCUGUUACCAUGACCAUUGCGGCUAGUGAUGAAUGGUGGGCAAAUGAGAUACAGAGAAAUGAACUUGCCGCCAAGUUUCGAUUUGCUCCACUAGAGGAUGAGGUCAAACUGAGUGCUAUAUUUGAUGAUAUUAGUGUGACAAAUGAGUACGCGAGGGCGGCACCACCCUCGUCUCAAGUUGAUGCAUCUCAAAUUCACAUUGAUGAUGAUGAUGUGGCUGGUUCAGGAUGUGAAAUAGAUGCUACUUUUGUGACACCUAACAAAGCUAAAGGUCGAAAGAAGAGAUCAUGUCCUUAUUCACCUAGUCCUGCGAUCGUGCAAAAGAUUGCAAAAGAUAGUGAUGAUAGAAUGCAAUUUAAGCGUAUUGCUGACCUUUGGGAAAAGAGGGAGACUAGCCGCAAUUCGGCGACAUCUGAAAUGAAGGAGGAUCCUGUGAGAGAUGAGAUUAAGGAGAUGAAGGACAUGGUGGUGAAUGAUGGAGGUAAACCUGGAAGUGAAGUGUAUUUUCAUGCUCUAGAACUCUUUACGAAGAAGGAACAUCGUGAUGUCUUCAGUGCACUAAAGGAGGAAGAUUCAACUGUGAGGCUUGAAUGGAUCAACAGGGCAUGGGAAACAUUUAUGAAAAAAAAUUAGAACUUAUUUGCUUUGUUGGGAACUCAUUUGUAGUGUUGUGAACUUAUUUGCUUUGUUGUCAACUCAUUUGUAUUGAUUUGAACUAAUUUGUACUGUUGUGAAUCU